AUGCCUUUCCAAUACAAACACGUCCUCAUGGUCGGUGCUACAUCUGGCAUCGGUGCCGCAAUGGCCGACCGUCUUGUCCAGGAAGGCUCUAAAGUCAUCGCGGUGGGCCGCAGACAAGACAGGCUCGAUGACUUCGUCCACAGACAUGGCAAAGACAAGGCCAGUGCCGCGAAAUUUGACAUUACCGAUCGGCAGAACAUGGACGCGUUCGUGAGAGACAUCACACACACCUACCCCGAGCUGGACUGCGUCUUCCUGAACGCCGGAGUUCAAAGCCAGGUCAACCUCGCACAGCCAGCGAAAGUUGACUUGUCCGCUUUCCACUCCGAGAUCACCACCAACUUCUCCUGCUUCGUGGAUCUGACGGUGAAGUUUCUGCCCUUCCUCAUGAGCAAGGACACCGAGACGAGCUUGAUAUACACGAGUUCCAACCUCGCCAUCGUCCCCGCGGCUCCCCUUCCCGCCUACUGUGCCUCCAAGGCUGCCUUGAACUCAUUCAUCUACUGUCUCCGCGAGCAGCUCCGUGACUCAUCUGUCAAGGUCAUUGAACUAUUGCCUCCUCCUGUACAAACGGAAUUACACGACUACAUGGGCCAUGAAAGCGGACGACAGCUCGGUAUGCCAGUGCGCGCAUACGUGGAUGAAACGUACCAAGGUCUCGACUCCGGGAGUGACCAAGUCGUCGUUGGAUCUAUCGGUCCGGCAGACACUUUCAACGAGAUUAUCGACAAAAGGAGGGAUGCUUUUCAGAAUUUGGCAAAGAUGAUGAGGGGUAGACACUAA